AUGUUUGUGAAACUUGCUAACUACAAAGUUGGGGUCAUCCCUGUUCGAUACCACAGAGUCUUGUGUUCCAAACAAGGAAGAGUCAAGUUUGAGAUCAAAGGAAACAGAUAUCGGACACUGGUUACAGUGUACAAUGUUGGUGGUGCUGGUGAUGUUACCAAUGUUAAAAUCAAGGGGUUUAAUUCAGGUUGGCGGCAAAUGAGGCGCAAUUGGGGCCAAAAUUGGCAGAUUGGGAGUGCCUUAGUAGGGCAAAGUUUGUCAUUCCAAGUCACUACUAGUGAUGGGAAGAUGGUGCAAUUCAAUAAUGUUGCCCCGGUUAAUUGGUGCUUUGGCCAAACUUACGAUGGUAGAAUAAAUUUCUAG